AUGUCUGUGGUUACUGAGUCUCGGCCCUUGAACAAAACGGAUUCUGAAGUCCAAUCGGUUCUCAGACCAGCGGGAAACAGUCUUAGGGUUUCAAAAUCACUAGAAUCUAAACAGAAAAACGAUGUUCAGAAGAAACCGCAACUUAUGAGAGGGCCGGCUAGUCGGUCUUUGGAAUCCGUUCACCGGCGUAAUGUUUCUGUUGACAGUUCGUGCUCGUCGGAUUCUUCUCGCACGGUUUCUUCUGUGAAAAUGGCGAGUUUCAGAAGGAGAAUGAAGCCGAACGGUUUAAAAUCUGUUAAGGUGGUUCCCGAUGGAGUUGAAGUUGCUUCGCUGUCACCAGACUCGCCGCCAGUUCAGCUGAAGCGGUGCGAUUGGAUCACUCCGAACACUGGUUAG